AUGGCCGCCGACGCUUCCUUUGACAACCUGGCUAGACAGUUUUCGCAUCUGCCAUUGAUUGACAAGCUGCCCAACUGCUUCCCCGACAUCAACCCCGUCGACAUCUACCGAGCCCACAUCACCUCCAUCCUCAGCCACAUCACCGGCGCCGACAAGAGCCUCAUCUACCCCGUUCUACAAUGGACCGCCACGCUCGACAAGGGCGACCUGAUGCUUGCCAUUCCCGCCCUUCGCAUCAAAGGUAAACCCGACGACCUCGGCAAGCAAUGGGUGGAAAAGUGGCCCGAAUCCCCCCUCGUCGAAAAGCCCGUUCACAAUGGUGCCUUCAUCUCCUUCUUCUUCAAGCCCGAACCCAUGGCCAAGACCGUCAUUCCCAUGGCUCUUCAGCACAAGCAAGACUUCGGCUCCAACCCCGCCAACGGCCUCCGCGACCAAAAUGACCCCUCCAAGGGCCGCCAAAAGAUUGUCAUCGAGUUCUCGAGCCCUAAUAUCGCCAAGCCUUUCCACGCUGGUCACUUGCGAAGCACCAUCAUCGGUGGUUUCCUCGCCAACCUCUACCGAAGUGCCGGCUGGGACGUCGCUACUGUAAACUACCUCGGUGACUGGGGUAAACAGUACGGAGUCCUUGCUCUCGGCUUUGAAAAGUAUGGCUCCGAGGAAGAGCUCGUCAAGGACCCCAUUAACCACCUGUUUACCGUCUAUGUCAAGAUCAGCAAGGAAGUUGCCGAGGAAAAGGAGCAGGCGGAUAAGCUCAAAGCAGAAGGCAAGGAGGAAGAAGCUCAGAAGAUUCUCGACAACGGUGUUGACGAAAAAGCCCGCAGCUACUUCAAGAAGAUGACCGAGGGCGACGAGCAAGCCAUUGCUCUUUGGAAGCGCUUCCGUGACUACAGCAUCGAGCGAUAUAAGCAAACCUACGCCCGCCUCAACAUUCACUUCGACGAGUACUCUGGCGAAAGCAAGGUCUCUGAGGACGAGAUGCAGCAGGCUGCCGCCAAGCUCAAGGAGAUGGGCCUGGCCCACGAGGACCGCGGCGCCCUUCUCAUGGAUUUUACCAAGAGCGUUCCCGGAAAGGAGGGCAAGACCCUUGGCAAGGCUAUUCUUCGCAAAAAAGAUGGCACCGCCCUCUACCUCACCCGUGACAUUUCUGAGCUUAUCAAUCGUCAUGAGCGCUACAAGUUUGACAAGAUGAUUUACGUCAUUGCUUCAGAGCAGGACCUUCACGUCAAGCAGUUCUUCAAGAUUGUCCGCAUGAUGGGCCGUGACGACAUUGCCGACAAGUGUCAACACGUCAACUUCGGUCUCGUUCUCGGCAUGAGCACCCGCAAAGGCACCGUCAAGUUCCUCAACGACAUUCUCCGCGACGUCGGCGACCACAUGCACGACGUCAUGAAGAAGAACGAGGACAAGUACUCCCAAGUGGAGGACCCUGAGCAAAUCGCCGACAAGCUCGGCAUCUCGUCGGUCAUGGUCCAGGAUAUGAACGGAAAGCGCAUCAACAACUACACCUUUGAUCUGUCUCGCAUGACCAGCUUCGAGGGAGACACGGGCCCCUAUCUCCAGUACGCACACGCCCGCCUGUGUUCCAUUUACCGCAAGGCGGAACUUAGCGACGAGGCCAUUGCUGCCGCCGACCUCUCGCUCCUCACAGAGCCCAUGGCCGUCAACCUGCUCCGCGUUAUUGCCCAGUGGCCCGACGUCGUCCAGAACGUCCUCAAGACACUGGAGCCCACCACGAUCCUCACAUACCUCUUCAAGCUCACCCACACCCUGAGCACUAGCUACACCCACCUCCGCAUCGUCGGCAGCGAGCCCGAGGUAAUGAAGGCUCGUCUGGCCCUCUACAACUCUACCCGUGUUGUCCUCUACAACGGCAUGGCCAUUCUUGGCCUGACACCUAUCGAACGCAUGUAA